GAGACCAUCUUCACUGUGUUCAAAGCUCUUCAUCAGUGGAACACUACAAGAAUUACAGUGAUUUUUUCGCCAAAAAGAUCCUCUCAAACGUGUUUUCUCUUUCCACGAGCCCCGCGAGUCACUUCCGUUUUCAACCUCUACGAGGCGCUAACGUUCGGCUCUGCAGUCCAACGCUGUCGAUCGCCGAGUCAUGAUCAGUGUUGUUUAACAUGCACGCUAGAAGGACAACAACUCUAACAGCAUGAGCACACACAACGUUAACCUGUUGCAGCAAUGACAGACGCCUGGAGUCACGGUGUAUUUCAGCCAACGUUUAUAUUAAAGCUGUGUGUCGACGACAAAGCUAGCUAAUAGUGUUUGGUGGACUUGCUAGCUUCUGUCAAGUCACCUCUGUUACUGACAAGUGGAGCGCCUGCCUCGUUUGGUUACCUGUGAAAUUGUCGGCAACUGCUUGGAAAAUAAGCCAUGGUGUUUAUGCAGAGCUACUGCGAAGCCAAUUCCUCCAUCUCCCACACCUGGGUUGAUGAAGGAAUCUCCCCCUGCUUCUACUUCACGCUGGUCCCCACCAUCCUUCUCACAAUCGCCUUCUUCCUUGGCACAAUCCACUGCAUAUUCUACAGGAAAUAUGGCACAGCAAUGGAACCCAAGUUCAUCCCACGCUCACGCCUUUACGGUCUCCAGCAGGCCAUCUCUGUCCUUCUCCUUGUCCAGUUUCUGGGUGGGAUGGUGUGGCGGGCUGCCAGCGGAGGAGAGCUCCCAGGCUAUGUGGUGCUGUAUGGCUGCUUUUCUGCGAUUGGCUGGGCCUGGGCUAUAGCCCUGCUUAAGGUGGAGAGACGUAGGGUUCUGGUGAUGGACCGCACGAGGGGCCACAGCGCGGCCCUGCUGCUGUUCUGGGCUGUGGCUUUUUCAGCUGAGAACUUGGCCUUCAUCUCCUGGUACAGUCCUCACUGGUGGUGGGGCCUGGAGAACAAUCAACAGCAGGUGCAGUUUGCUUUGUGGCUGAUACGCUACACUGGCACAGGGCUGCUCUUCUUCAUCGGUCUCAAAGCUCCAGGGUUGCCCCGGAGACCAUACAUGUUACUGAUAAACGAAGAUGAGCGGGAUGUGGAGAACAGUGGACAGAGUCUCUUGGGCAGAACAGAAGAGAACCAGUCUACCUGGCAAGGUUUCAGGAUGAAAGUCUGUAUGCUUGUUCCCUACAUGUGGCCCCGGGGCAACAGCUUACUCCAGCUACUGGUCCUCUUCUGUUUGGCACUGCUUGGAGCCGAGAGGGCUAUUAAUGUCUUUGUACCAAUUUACUACAAGAAUAUUGUGAAUGAAUUGACUGACGGCAGCAGCUGGAACACUCUGGCUACUACAGUGUGUAUUUAUGUCCUGCUCAAGUUCAUGCAGGGCGGCGGGGCAGGUGCCUCGGGGUUCGUGAGCAACAUGCGCUCUUUCCUGUGGAUCCGGGUGCAGCAGUACACCAACCGUGUGGUUCAGGUGCGUCUCUUCUCACACCUGCACUCCCUGUCCCUGCGCUGGCACCUGGGCCGCAAAACCGGCGACGUUCUGAGAAGCAUCGACCGCGGCACCUCCUCCAUUAACAGCCUGCUCAGCUACAUCGUGUUCAGCAUCUUCCCAACCAUCGCUGAUAUUGUCAUUUCCAUCAUCUACUUCAUCACUUAUUUCAAUGCCUGGUUUGGCCUUAUUGUCUUCGUGUGUAUGGCCCUGUACCUCACUCUGACCAUCAUCAUCACCGAAUGGAGAACCAAGUACAGACGAGACAUGAAUCAGCAGGACAACAACGCUAAGUCCAAGGCCGUGGACUCCUUGUUGAACUUUGAGACGGUAAAAUACUACAAUGCAGAGAACUAUGAGGUCAGCCGGUUUGAGGAUGCCAUCUUAAAAUAUCAGGUGUCAGAGUGGAAGACCCAGGCAUCCCUGGCCUUCCUCAACCAAACACAGAACCUAAUCAUCGGGUCAGGCCUGCUGGCCGGCUCUCUGCUCUGCGCCUACUUUGUGACUGAAGGAAAGUUUCAGGUUGGAGAUUUUGUUCUGUUUGGCACCUACAUCAUUCAACUGUACACCCCCCUCAACUGGUUUGGAACCUACUACAGAAUGAUCCAGAAUUCUUUCAUUGACAUGGAAAGCAUGUUCAAACUCUUUCAAGAAGAAGAAGAGGUGAAAGAUGAAGUAAACGCUGGGAAUCUGAUCUACAAACAGGGAAAAAUGGAGUUCAAGAACGUUUAUUUCAGCUACACAAAUGGGAAGGAGAUUCUCAGGGACGUUUCCUUCACUGUACUUCCAGGACAGACAGUCGCCCUGGUGGGACCAUCAGGCUCCGGGAAGAGCACCAUUAUUCGACUCAUAUUCCGUUUCUAUGAUGUUCAGGGAGGCUGUAUUACCAUCGAUGACCAGGACAUAUCAAAAGUGAAGCAGAUGUCUCUGCGAGCACAUAUCGGCGUGGUUCCCCAGGAUACCGUGCUCUUUAACGACACCAUCCAGAACAACAUUCGCUACGGCCGCAUCUCGGCUAGUGACCAGGAAGUGGAGGAGGCUGCCAUAGCUGCUGAUGUCCAUGAAAAAAUCAUGACCUUCCCUGAAGCUUAUGAAACGCAGGUGGGUGAAAGAGGUCUGAAGCUGAGCGGAGGAGAAAAACAAAGGGUGGCUAUCGCUAGAACUAUCCUGAAAGCGCCACAGAUCAUCCUGCUGGAUGAGGCUACAUCUGCACUAGACACCCAGACUGAACGCAACAUCCAGGCCUCGCUGGCCAAAGUCUGUGCCAAUCGUACAACGGUUGUUGUAGCUCACAGGUUGUCAACCAUAAUCGGAGCAGACCAGAUUCUGGUUAUCAGUGAUGGCAGGAUUGCUGAGCGAGGACGACAUGAGGAACUUUUGCUCAAGGGAGGCUUGUAUGCAGACAUGUGGAUGAAGCAACAGCAGGCCCAGGACUCAGACUCCUCAUCAGAGUCGGAAUCCAAAGACCGUAAAUCUGAGAAACUGCAGCCACCGUCAUCCUCCUCAGGGCACCACAGCCACUAAAUGUUUUUUUUUUUUCUCUCUCUCUCCCUCCGUUUUAAAAGAAGAACAAUAUGUUUUGAUUUUCCUCUUGUUUGUG